AUAUCUAUUUAUUUUUUCAAUAUUUUCAAUGUACAGAAUUGACCCUUCUACAGAUUUAUUAUAUGUAUAGAUAAAGUUCCAGAAACCACAGGCUCUAACAUUUCUAUAACAUUGUUUGUUAAGUAUUCCAGAAGAAUAUAGAAGAGCCUCAUCCUCACGUUUUUAAAUUAAUUUUUGUUUUUGGGUCUUCAAUAUUACCUUGCAUUAGCCUGCUGUACCGAUUGACCCCGAAUUCCGUUGGUUCAAACGUUAUUAAUACUGGCAACACUUAAAAAAAUCAUCGACCGAAGCGAGGGGGAAUGGCGGUGAUUGGCGUUCCCGGUAUUUUCGCGCAAUAAAUACUUGAAUUACGAGAGUGAUACACAGUUGGCGACUAAAGAGAUACGCAUAAUCAAUUAUAUGUUCUGCGAGCAUAAUAAAUAAAGCCAUGAGUUCUAUUGAUAUAAACAAACUUGAAAAUGAGGAGGAGAACAAAACACCAGAUAAAAAGCAAAUAGAAGCCGAAGAGAAAGAGGUGAUGUUAAAAGCCGAAACAGAAAACAUGGAAGUAAGUGUUGAUAUGAAGACCGAUCCCGAAGGUCCUGUGAAAGCGGCUCUUUCUGGUGAAGUUACUGAGCAAGGACGAGAAGUAAAGCCAAAGUUCAUUCCCAUAGGCGCGAUUAAAAUGCCUGGAUUUUUUACUAGGAACUCUGAUAAACCAAAGGAUGAUGAUGGGGCUAUUGAAAAAGAUCCUGACAAUGAAAAGACUGAUGAGGGCCCAAAGAUUAAACACAACCGUCUACAAUUCUUACAUACAUGCCCCUUCACCCAAUUUUUGCAUCAUCGACCACAGCAAGAAAAUGAUGAAGGUGCAGAAGGUAGAAAACGUAUGGGUAUUUUCUCUAACAUCAAAUAUCCAAAGGUCUUCCAAAGACGCACUGCCAAUAAUGAAGCCACUCUUGCUUCGAUGGAAACCCUGGAGGACAAGCUGGACACUCCAAAUGAUGGGAUGGAAAAUGUUAAGUUGGAUGUUGCCGAUGGAGAAGAUGGCAAAGUGGCAACAAAACUUCCACUUAAAGAGAGAAUAAGGCAAAAGAAAUUUAUCAUUGAUGACAUAGUGGUUUGUGCAGUUAUUUUACUAGUUCUGCUGGUCGUGAUCAUCGGUAUCGUCAUCGGAGCGCAAGCCGGACCUCCCGCCGAGCGACCUCUGCGGCUUGGAAAAUACAUGACCACCAUUACUUCUUGUGGGCCUAUUGAAGGGAUCCUUGAUGAAGGUGUUUAUAAGUUCUUCAAUAUACCAUAUGCAGUUCCUCCAGUUCGUGAAAGAAGGUAUACUUAUGCUCAGCCACUGAACAACAUCUCACUCUGUUGGAAUGGAACCAGAACUGCUUACGAACGGGGUCCACUUUGUAUACAGUUUGUGGAGAAUGGUACUAUAAUUGGUGAAGAAGACUGCUUGACUCUAGAUGUCGUGACACCUCACGUAAGAUACGACUCUCCAUUACCGGUUGUGAUCCUGAUCGGCGCCAACUCCUUAGCUGGAGGAAUAAGCCCUGCGCAGCCUUCGGCAUUAUACGCUCGUACCAAGGAAGUAGUUUUCGUCAGACCUAAUUUCAGGCUUGGUCCUAUUGGUUUCCUUGCUCUCGAUAUGUUAUCAAAGUCAAAAUAUCCUGAAACGUCCGGAAAUUAUGGUCUCAGUGACCUCUUGGUUACCCUUCAGUGGGUCAAGUAUAACAUAAAACAUUUUGGUGGAGAUCCAGAAUCUGUAACAUUACUGGGCCACAGAGCUGGAGCGACGCUGACUGCAGCAUUAACCACGGUCCCCAAAGCCCGCAAGCUGUACUCGCGAGUGUGGUUAUCAUCACCAUCUGUCAUAUUUCCUGGUGAACCUUUAGAACAGGCCCAAAAAAACAAUGAGCAAUUUAAACAAAGAAUUAACUGUGCUGAUGUCAACUGUUUGAGAAAUAUUUCGGCAUUGGAAAUUCUUACAGCCACUCCUGAUAUAUGGUUGGGUAAUAACAUAGGAGUGUUACCAGUAGCUGGUGAAUUUAAGUAUUCCUGGUUGGUAUUAGAUGGUGAUCUGUUGAGGCAACAUGCUUAUGAAAGUUGGGAUGCCCAGAAAGAAGCUAAAGAUUCAGGUAAAGAAAAAGUUUUCAAACCAAUGGUAUUUGGUACAACAGAACAUUCAGGACAUUCAGAUCUACUACAGAUGAAAACAUUGAAUUGGACUUCGGAUAUAGUUGAGAAAAUGGCGAAUGACAGUAUAAUAGGCAACAAAAAUUUGACUCAAGCUAUUUUUAAACAUUUUAAUAAAACAUAUGAAGGCUUGGUAGGUCUGAUAUCAUCAAUUAGAACUAUCUGCCCAUUAGUUAGCCUUGCUAGACUGCGUCUCGCGGCUCCCAUGUAUGUGGUUCUGGGAUCAGGUGCAGGUGGAGGCAAAAUUGGUUCUGGAAUUGCAGGAAUCAAUGCAGACAUAGAAGCCAUCUUGGGCACUUUCGACUCUGAAGGGCCUGAGCAACGUAGAUUCAUGGCAGCGAUGCAACAAAUGUUUUAUUACUAUGUAUGGCAUGGUCGCUUACCUGGCUCAGAAAAUGCUUUGAUUGGUGUUGGCCAAGAUGCACUGCCGCUCCCCGGUCUGCCUGCUUGUGAUUUGCUCAUUCUAGAGGACAUCGUCCCCAGAUACGCUCACAUUGACUAAUGUAAAUUUAGGAAUAUUGUUGUAUGCUAGUAAGAAAUAUCCUUGAAAGUUUGUGCAGCAACAACUUACUAGAGUAUAGAAAAGGUAAGAAUAUUCCAGUGUAUUUUGCCCCAAAUUUUACUUUUGCACGUUUUUGUGAUUUCUUUUAGAUCAUUUAGGCAAUUGCGUCCACUUUUAUAUUAUUUUCAACGUGUCAUACAUAUCAUGUGAACCAAUGAUACUCAUUCAAACCUGUAUGUAUUAGUAUAGGUUGUAUUACUGCUAAGAAAACAUUAUAGUUAGUAAUAUUAAUUUUAAUUAUUGUUGUAUCGCAUAAAACAGCUAAAAUGUUUUUUUCAGGAAAAACAUUAGCUUUUGUCAAACCAACCGAUUAUUAAUGCAUUUCUUUUUACAAGAAGACUGAAUUAUGACAGUGGAUUACGUUUUCGCAUUAAUCACUGUUUUUUAUUUAUCCAAAGACUGAAUUUAGUAUCUGAAUAAUAAAAUAAUAAUAAAACAUUUACCAAAUUGUAGUAAAGUAAUUUUAGUUACCUUCGUUUGUAUUUUGGAACUUAGUUCUCGGAUUAAAUUUUUCGAAAUCUAAUCUUUUAAGUCGUAGAUGUAAGUUGAUGUCCGAAUCUCCAAUUUAUUGUGAUUUUUUUUUAAGUCUGAUCUACUAAAAAAAAAGAGUGAUUUUGUAAAACCCCUUUGUAUUUCUAACUUUUAAGAUUUCUAUGUAGGAGGUGUUGCGCUUGUUUAAUUAUAGGUAUGAGAUAGUCUGUGUAGGUUUCAUAAAUUUUAUAAACGGUCAUUUUAUUAUAAAUUUUAAUUUAAUAUGAAAUUUGCACAAUAUUUGUACCUUAUUGGUUGGAUAAUUAUCUAGUAUUUGCAUCGCCUAAGCUAUUUCUGAAAUUGAGAAAGUUUAUUUUUUAAUUAAAUUGAAUAAAUAUUCAAACUGUCUGAUCUGGAAGUUCCUACUUCAGCUAUCUCACGUGGUCUUGCCAAAAAUGCUUUACUCUUAAGUUAUUGCACUAUUAGAUAUAGCUUUGCAUCGUUUUGUAA